CGUCUGACGUCUGACGUCUCACGUCAACACGUCAACACGUCAACACGUCAACACGUCAACACGUCAACACGUCAACACGUCAACACGUCAACACGUCAACACGUCAACACGUCAACACGUCAACACGCCAACACGUCAACACGUCAAUACAACAACACUGCAGGUGGUAGACUUCAACCGCAGACAGCAAUGGACGCUGAGCAGAUUCCGCGCAUCCCUCAGAGUGCUUGCUUACAUUAUCUAAAUGAGGGAGCUGCGAACAUCGUUUACACAAUCGAAGUCACUGCCCCAACACCACCAGGGAGUAUUCUUGAGGCAUACGGCCCAGGCACACCGCCACCAGAAGUAAUAGAGAGUUAUCUCGAUCAAGAAUUUGACGAUCCUAAGGAUUUGGAGGCGGUUGAGAACAAAUUGCUCCGUUUGAGGAAGGACCUCCCUACAACCCUUCCUGUUGCAAGAUCUCAAGAAGCUUGGGUCCGAGUCAUCGAGCCUUUGUUUUUGCCGGACCAAGUCGUCCGCCAAUCCUUGAAUCACCCAACAGAAUAUAAGAACCCCCGACCGUCCAGACGCAAAGGCGCCUAUCUUGCAAACGAUGAAUUCGGACUUCUGAUCACCGACAUGAGUUCUUCAGGGGAGAUAGUGAUUGAGUUCAAACCAAAAUGGCUCGCUCAAUCUCCGUCGGCCCCCAAAAAUGCGGUCCGCUGCCGCCAAUGUGCUCGAUUCGCCCGUACCAACGCAGACCUCGCCCGCAAAGGCGACCCUUUGCAGAAAUCCUGGUGUCCCCUCGAUCUCAAUAUCCACGACGGUCUUCAACUUGCCAAAGCCAUCUGGACACCAGAGACAUUCGAGGAGAUGUUUCCUCGCUUCUCAUCAUGGCUCUCGGGCAACACCCUCCUCCCUCGCCUUCGCCAGCUACAAAUAGAGCUUGAUCCGGUAGGUGUUCUGGAAAACGACAAGAAUGAUGAGCAAUUCCGUGCAGCGAUGACUCUCAGAGAUUGCACUGUGUUUGUUCGGUUCCCUGAGAACGCCGAAGACGAUCAAUAUGGAAUUGAAGCGCGUAUUGGUGAUCUGGAUUUGAAAAAUCCGAAUAAGGCGCAGUAUUGGAAGGACACGGAGAAUGCAUUGAUUGAAGAAGGGUGGUAUACUGGGACGGAGAAGAAAGAGGAUCGCCAACCAUUGACUUGUCAGCUUUCGCCGAAACUUGAAGAUGCCAUGAGAGAAAUGCUCUUGUCGAACAGCUGAGGAGCGAAUUUCAUCCUGGGAUGUGCAUCAGCGCGAUGCAUCAUGUAAUUUCGAGGUUGACUGACGUCCGCUCUCCUCCAUUGGAGAUACCCUAUUAUUGCUC